GAGGGCGGAGAGUUUAAGUUCGUAACAGUGGGCUGGUGAGCGGAGGCUGGCAGUCUGGCAUUUACGUUUCAAAGGUAGAGGGCUUGCCCUCGGUGUGCCCGCUUCGCAUUGCUCUUUGCAGAGGUGGGCGGAGUCAGUUUCCUGUAAUUGUCUCUCUCGCUCUCUCUCACUCGCUCUCUCUCUCACUCACUCUCUGCCCCCUCCCCUGUCCUCUUUUCCCUUUCCUAACUUGCAUAUUCACGCUUAAGCAAUGCUCGCCGCGCUGCUGAGCUUUGCAUCGCCAGCCGGUAGAUCGCCAGUCAGCGUCUAUUUCGCCGCACUGCACGGACUCCAGCACUAGUGUGGUUUCUUCAUGCUCUUCUUUUUUACAUACACACAUUUAUAUUUGACUUAAUUUCUUCGUAUUUUCAAGAUGACAGAAGAAUGGAAGGUUCGGCGUAACAAGCUGGUGCCUGACCAGCUACUGUGGGAUUUAAUGUUAACUCUAGAUUGUUUCAACUGAAAAUGGAAACACUGGAGUCGGAGCUUACCUGCCCGAUCUGCUUGGAAUUGUUCGAAGACCCUCUCCUUCUGCCUUGUGCCCACAGCCUGUGUUUCAAUUGUGCACAUCGAAUUCUUAUAUCUCACUGUUCUACUAACGAGCCAGUUGAGUCAAUCUCUGCCUUCCAGUGUCCUACCUGCCGUUACGUCAUUUCCCUCAACCAUCGCGGGCUGGAGGGGCUUAAGCGAAAUGUGACCUUGCAGAACAUUAUUGACCGCUUUCAGAAGGCCUCUCUGAGCGGACCAAAUUCGCCAAGCGAAAGCCGGCGUGAGCGAUCCUUCAGUAGUCGAAGCAGCCCCGCCACCGCCAUGUCACUAGAUCGUGUCAGCUGUCAGUUUUGUGAGCAGGAUCCUCCCCGUGAAGCUGUGAAGACUUGCGUAACCUGUGAGGUGUCCUACUGUGACCGGUGCCUUCGCGCCACCCAUCCUAAUAAGAAACCAUUUACCAGCCAUCGACUGGUUGAGCCUGUGCCAGAUGCCCACCUGCGGGGACUCACGUGCUUGGAGCAUGAAAAUGAGAAAGUCAAUAUGUACUGCAUUGUGGAUGAUCAGCUAAUUUGUGCCUUGUGCAAGCUAGUGGGUCGCCAUCGAGAUCACCAGGUUUCUUCACUGAGUGAACGCUUUGACAAACUCAAGCAAACCCUAGAGAACAACUUGACGAACCUGAUGAAACGCAAUGGUGAAUUAGAAAACCAGAUGGGAAAGUUGAUCCAGAUCUGUCAGCAAGUGGAGGUAAACACAGCCAUGCAUGAAGCCAAAUUAAUGGAAGAGUGUGAUGAGCUGGUGGAAAUCAUUCGGCAAAGGAAGCAAGUAAUUGCUGUUAAAAUCAAGGAAUCUAAGGUGAUGAAACUUCGCAAACUGGCUCAGCAGAUAGCAAACUGCCGCCAGUGUUUGGAGCGCUCAAGCGCACUUAUCACCCAGGCAGAACAGAGCCUGAAGGAGAAUGAUCAUGCUCGUUUCCUGCAGACUGCCAAGAACGUGGCUGAGAGGGUUGCUAUGGCAACGGCAUCCUCCCAAGUCCUGAUUCCCGAUGUUAACCUGAAUGAUGCCUUUGACAAUUUUGCCCUUGACUUUUCAAGAGAAAAGAAACUUCUUGAAAGUUUGGAUUAUCUGACAGCUCCUAACCCACCGACGAUUAGAGAGGAGCUCUGUACAGCAUCACACGACACAAUAACAGUGCAUUGGACUUCUGAAGAUGAAUUUAGCGUCAGUUCUUAUGAGCUUCAAUAUACUAUAUACACUGGCCAGGCCAACUUCAUCAGUUUGUACAAUUCAGUGGACAGCUGGAUGAUCGUUCCCAACAUAAAGCAAAACCACUACACCGUGCAUGGACUGCAGAGUGGUACUCGAUACGUCUUCUUUGUCAAGGCUAUCAACCAGGCCGGGAGCCGGAACAGUGAGCCCGCCAAACUCAAGACAAACAGUCAGCCAUUUAAACUUGAUCCCAAAACAGCCCAUAAGAAACUACGUCUGUCCAAUGAUUGCUUAACAAUGGAGAAGGACGAAAGUUCUUUGAAAAAGAGUCACACGCCGGAGAGGUUCAGCAGUACUGGGUCCUAUGGAGCAGCAGGGAAUGUAUUUAUUGACAGUGGCUGCCAUUACUGGGAAGUCUUGCUGGGAGCCUCCACAUGGUAUGCCGUUGGUGUCGCUUACAAGUCCGCCCCAAAAAAUGAAUGGAGUGGAAAGAACUCAUCGUCGUGGGUGUUCUCACGCUGCAAUAACAACUUCAUUGUGAGACACAACAGCAAAGAGAUGCUAGUGGAUGCAAGUUUGCAACUGAAAAGGCUGGGCGUCCUGUUGGACUACGAUAACAAUACUCUUUCCUUUUAUGAUGCUAUGAACUCACAGCAUCUCCACACCUUUGAUAUUUCCUUCAUUCUCCCUGUGGUUCCCACAUUCAUGAUUUGGAAUAAGUCAGUGAUGAUCCUGACAGGACUUCCUGUCCCUGACUUUGUAGACUGCACCGAGCAGCAGGAAUGCAUCUGCAGGUCUCAGGAAUCCCCUUAUGUUUCAGGAAUGAAAGCUUGUCAAUGAACGGCGGCACAACGGAAAUAUUUCUGACUUCAAAUUUUAAGUGAUGUUGCUUCAUCUGGGGAGUUUGACUCUUUUCAGUUGUUUUUACUUUUUUCCCAGACAGCAUAUUGAACUGAUUUUUUUUCUUCAAAGGCAAGAAUAUUUUAUUGUGUACAGUUACAGUAAAUAGUGCAACUGUUGACUAACAUAGUGUGACUACUACUCUUCUAAAAAAGAAAAUGAAAAACAGAAAAUUGUAAAAGAAACUGGUAAUUUAUGAAUAUAAUUUGGAUUGGUUAUUGAUGGGUUUAUUUGUAUUCAAAAUGCACUUUUGAAGUUUUAAAUUUUUUUUCCUUAUAAACAAAAGGAAAGUAAUGUAUUUUUUUUUUAUUAUCCUUUCCUCAGACACAAGUAUGGUUUGUUUUCUCAAGAUUGAUAAAAUUAGUUUAGCUAUGAAUAGGGGGGGUGCAGGGUUCAGAACAACCAAAAAAACGAAACUCUUUAAGUCAGGCCAACCCAGAAUGUUGUACUUUUUAAAUUCAUUUAUAUUUUAAAAGACUACGGUGGCUUAGGUAGAAUUUAAUUUACUCAAGCCACACUGCUAACAUGGGUUUGUUUGUAGGGGAAUAACCUUUUUUUUGAUUGCUCCUAGUUUUGAUUUAUUGCUUAUUUAUACAUGUUUUGUAAAGAAUGAUAACAUUUUAACGUUUGUUUAAAUUCUUCCCACAUCUUAAAGAUUUUUAAAGGUUUAAAGUGGAAAUAAAAAAUCCAAUGGGUUGUGAUUUACACCACUCUAGUUACUGCAUAAAGCCCUUCGUAUAUCUGCAAAUUUCAAAUUUUAUUGUAGUAUGAGCCACAAAGUGAGGUGAACCAUAAAAAUCACUGAUUAAAAACUUCCAUCAUGGAUUUUUUUUUAUUUCUACUUAAAAGAGUUGCUAAUAUGUAACAACUAAAAUAGAUAAUUCGUCCUUGCAUUUCCCGUACCUUUAUAGUACAAGCUGAGGCUACACUACAAACUGUGAGUGGAAAUUGAGACCGCCUGGGAAAACUCACUUGUGCUUCAUGGAGAACAUGCAAACUGAUGUUAAAGCCUGUGGUCGAAGUCCUGGAUGGCCUUCAUACCACUCUAUACUUUAAAGAAAUACUCCAUCCAAGAAUGAUAUUUUUGCUUUGCACCCUCCCGUAUCAUCUAUGGGGGAGGAGAGAAAGCUUUAGAUUCAAUUUCGACAGACCUCUCCAUUUUAGGGUCCCCUGAUACCAAAAACAUUGCUAUCUCAUUGAUGGGUGUGAGUCUGUUUGUCUGUCUGUGUGUGUCACAGUUUCCUGAGGAUGGUCUAGAGAUAAAACUGCUGGAUGGAAAAAUACCAAACUCAAAACUUAGACCUGUUAUGAGAUGACGAUGUGCUGAUUAGUUUUUGAACCACAUCGUGCACAUUCUGCAAUUAAUUCUGAAUUCUUUUUGUCUAUUGCUAUCAUAAUGGUCUAUUUUAUAAUCAGAAAGAUCAGCAUCAGAGCAGUACAUAAUUACCGAAAUGUUACAGAAUAGUUCAGGUAACUUGGUUCCUUGGGCGCAAAGCCUACUGAGGGUCAUGUCCGAAUUUUUUUAAUAUUUUACUUACCCCAUGUAGUUUGUAGUAAAUGGCUGAAAAAAAAAAUGAAUCUCAUUCUUUCAUGUGGAAUGGAGAGAAAAAAAUGUGUGAUAUAACAGAAGGCACUAGUGACCAAAGCCAUACAACAGCAAACAAUGUGAAAAACAUCCAUGGAAACGGAAAAAAAUAAUCUCGCAUUACUUGUGUCACAUAAUCCACAUGUCGGUUAUACAGUCGCAUGCUCAAAACAUGUAAAAUGCAUGUGUUUUUGAUAAAAUAUUUUUAAAAGUAUACUGCCGGAAUUUGUAGCGCACAUCAUAAACAGGAAACCUAAAUCCUAAUGGGAAUGGCUAUUUGAUUUGAAGAUAGAACUUGCGACCAACAAGUUUUUUCCUUUUUCCAUGGACAUUUUUCACAUCGUUUGCCGUUACACAGCACUGGACACUACUGACUUGUAUUGUAUCAUAAACUGUUUUUAUCUCCAUUCUGAAUCAAAAGAUGAGAAUUAAAAUUUUUUACUCACCUAUCACUAACAUUGCAUAUUUUUGGGUGGCGUAUUCCUUUAAUCAGGGCGGGAUUUAUAUGAAAAGAGGCCCUAGGCUAUUCCACUUAUGAGGCCCUUUCACCUUCCAUUUUUAAGUUUGUAAAUUACAUGAGAGAUAAUAAAAUUUUGCUAACAAUUUGAAUGUAGGCCCCUCUUGAUCUUGAGGCCCUAGGCUGAAGCCUAGUUAGUCUAUAGGAAAAUCCGGCCCUGCCUUUAAUCAAUGUGCCCUUUAGGAGAGAGUUAAGGAAAUUCUUAUAGACAGGCAACGCAUAUGCUGCCAUUUCUAUCAUACAGCACCUCUUUAACAAUCAAAUUGUUUUGUUUUUAUACUGUGUUGGCUGGGAUUGACUCCAGCAGACCCCCGUGACCCUGUGUUUGGAUUCAGCGGGUUGGAAAAUGGAUGGAUGUAACAAAUUCCAGGAAAAUAAUUAUUCCCACUAAAUUUCUCUAUAAAAUGUAAUUCUUUAAUCUUAAUGUCUGCAGCUUUUCCACUCACACCAAGAAGCACAAAGUGUUCCAGGGUUUCCUCCAUUGCAACGUAAAAUAAAUUGCCGUCUGUACCCAGACAGAACUUAGUGCGGUGGUCAUAUUUCUUCAUUCCUCCUUUCAUACUUUUGACUUAUUUUUGCUACAUUUCUGAACAGUGCCUAUUUCUUUUAUCUUUUUCAAUAUUUGCCCAUAUCCUGGGCAGAUAUUACAAGCUGAUGUUUCCUAGUCAUGUAUACAUUUUCAAUCCGUUUACAUGAAAUCAAGUGUUACAUAAAACAGAACAAACCCAAAUGACUAAAUCAGGUCAUUUUAAGCAGGAUACUGAGUUUUGACUACAUACUUGUCAUCUAAACAGUGACAGAGACUGAAAUCGCUCAGUUGCCACAUCACCACUAUGGGCUUGUCAAAGUAUCCACAUACUUCACAUAGCAGAGCAAGGACCCCGAGUUGUGAAACUUCAUGGUUAAUAUCAACUGGUUUCACAUGCUAGUGUGGCUCAAAAGACAAAAUAUGAAAGGAAUUGCAGUACGUUGUGAGCAAAUCGAGAACAACAAAAUGUAUAUCAGUGGGAGUUAUACUUAAAUGAGCACGAUUUGUAAAAUGCUGCUAUGUAGUGUAAAGUAGUGUUUUGUUGAAAUAUGUAAACAUUAACAACUUUACCGUGAGAGGGUUCUUUUACCUUUUGAUUUUUCCCACCUUUUUACUUGUUAAUGGCAAUGGAAUCUUCCAAGUUAGUCAACUGUUUUCAACUUUUUAUGCUUUUGAACUUUCAGUUUCUCUACAACAGAUGCUGCUGCUGUACAUAGACUUCCUACCUGCGAUUACAACUCCUUUCACAUUCCAACUAGUCCUUCCUCCGGCAUACUUCAUUCAGGUGGUCUUCACCUCUGAGUUAGGUCCAUUAGACAUUUAUCCAAAUGUGUGGUCUUCCACAAAAAUCUUCUUCUCCUUCACCAACUGAGGGAUGCAAGGGAUUACUACCUCAACGAGGAAUCCCUCAACCAACAAACCUCUCUCCUUGCUUUUUGGGUUCCUACUAUCCAAACUUGAAUUUUACUGAGAUAUUGCGAAAUGUAGAAUGUGAAUUAUUAAAAGUGUGAGUCUUUCUCCGGGAUAUAGGAGUUUCUGAGUGACAAGCAUAUCCAAAGCUUAGGGAUAACACAAGCAUCGUUUUAGUUUUAUGUAUUCUAUGUUGUUCUUCUCAUGACUCUCUAGAGUGCCACACAGAUAAUUACUUCACAAACCAUUUACAACAUUUGAUGAGUUUCUAAGGGUUACUUCAGCAGGAACUCAGUCCUGUGAUCUCAGCACUUUAUAAGGAACCUCCAUUUCAGUCAUGUAACUGGGAAAACCUACUGCCGAGGGGAGAGAAUGAAGCCAUUCAUUUACACGUUUUAGAAGACAAACAUUUUCUAACUAUGUUGAUUACUUUUUAUUAAAUAGGCAUUAUGAAUGAGUUAUUCUGAUUUCAGUCUUUAAACUGGCACCCUGUUUGAGGGUCAUGUUGCCAGAACAGGCUGCCACACCAGUCCCCUGGACUGGAUUUGAAGGUGGAGGGACAGAACAUUUACCAUCUUGGCUGGGGAAAUAACUUUUUUCAAUUAUUCAUCCCUCUGCUACAUUCACCACUCUGGUUUGUGCUAAUAACAGACUAUUAUAUUCAGAAGUACUCGGUUUUAUUUAUUUAUUUAAAAAUAUCAAAAUUCUUAAUGCCACCAAGUUUCAUAAUAAUCUCAAAUUAUAAAAAAAAUGGCCAUGGGAGGAAAUAAUAUUGUGUCAAGCUGAUAAAUGGGCCCUAGCUGGCAUGUGCUAGUUCUGUUAUUAUAAGGCUGUUGGCAGUGAAAUGGCAGCAGAGCCAUCCAUUGUUGUCCGCAUUUACUGUACAUUACGGUGCUCUGCUUGUUUUCUUGUUUUUUUAGGCUGAUUGCACAUGGAAGUUUGCAAGCCCGUGCUAUGCUGUCAGUAAGGAAGACUCGGCCUCAGAUUGAAGAAAGUAAACUAAGUCCUGUCAUCUUAAAUGAAAGGAAACACAUUUAGCGACAAACACGUUUUUAGUUAAAUAACUGUGAAAUUGUGAUUUUAUUUGAAGGGCAGUACAUUAAAAACUUUCUGCUAAUGAAUUAGCCAGUAGUGGUGUCCUCCAGGACCAAGCCAAGUAUGUUUCUGUCUGUUGUCUGAACCACGGUCUUCCCGUUACUGACUUGCUGUCGUCAGAGCUCAUGACAGUGGCAUCGGACGUGUGACUAAAAGCAGCUCUGGACUUGGCGAUAGUCGAUCGCAGGCCGUGCUCACCCACACACUCACUGCCACUCCUGCUGGGCUGAUUUACCUUGUUAAAUGGAGCACCUUUUCUGGCACCCUGCUACUUCCCUUUCUUAACUUCCAUUGUUUUAUUUGCAUUUCACAUUUAAUCAAGACAACGGAUGCAGCACUGCUUAGCAUUCACAGCAAAAAAAAAAUUGCUGCCAUAUAACUUUUGCAAGGCUUAAGAUUGUUAAUGUUGAUUUCAUUUAAUUGCCUUUCUGAGCUAACCUUAACACACUGGAUCUUCUCAUGGUCCACGUCAACAAGCCUAUCACCCGGUUGCUGCAAUUAACACGUGUUUCUUCAUAGCUUUAUUAGAUUCAGUUGAAUGAGCAGUUCCAAUGCCUACAGACCACCGUAUCCUAUGACAUUCUUAUUUAAUGUUAACACCUUGAAGCAAAUUGUUAAACUUUAAAAUGUUAACAAAGCACAAAGCAGGUCAAUAUAACAGCAGGCUACAAUACAAUACAUUUUAUAACAUAUGUUAACAUUUUCAAACUCAUAUAAUGCGGAGCUGUGAGGGUCCAGAGCCCACCCUGACAUUGCAGGGCCCGUUCACAAAAACAUCCACAACACAAUAAGCCACCCGUCUUUGGGAUGUGGGAGAAAAAAAUGGAACAUACCCAACGCAGGUGAGAUCGCCCACGUGGCACAGACCCAGUGGGUCCAUGGGCAGCAGUGCCAGCCAUUGUGCCAUAUCCACCUCACCAAAUGAUCUGUAAACUUCCAACAAGUUUCGAUCACAGAGAAGGUCCUUAUAGAUCCAUUGAAUUAUUUAUUUAUUUUUUUCCUAACUCUCUUGAUUUUUUUUAAGGAAGUAAUACUUACAUGAGCAACAUUCUCCUUUUUGUUUCAUUCUUCUAAACAGUUGACUUUACUCACUUUCAGAGUUGUUGUUUUGAUGGGCUUGAAACAAAUGGCCACUUGUUUGUAGACAGGUUGUGAUUUUGCCUCUUCUUGGAAUCGUACACAAUAAGAACAGGAUGUUAUUUCCACAAACCUUGUGAGCUGCACGUUUCUAGCAGACAUCUCUUUCCAGUUUACGUGGCUCCCCGUUUAAAUUCUUAAAGCGCUGGACAAUCCUGAUUGGUUGGCUCCAUCCACACGUCUGCAAAUUAAAGUGAAACUCCAAACAGGAGGGCAGUCAGACACUUGCAUGGAGGACCUCCUUCAGUACAAGUAAACGAAAAGCAAACUUGAAAUUCUCAACAGAUCUGCAGAAGUACCGUAAGUAAAUAAAGUUGAGGAGAAGCAGAAAGUGUUCAUUAAAAUCAUUUGGUUUUAUUCCAAUGCUGAAUAUUUUAUUUGACACACUGUAGAAAAUGAAAUUGUGCAUCUCCGGUAUAAUGAUGCAGCAUUAUUCCCAAUUGUUUUCUUUUAAGUUUGCAGUCAAAGAAGCGUGGCUUUAAUCUUCUGGCUUUUUGAAAGUUAAUUUUAGCCCAUCAUCAUUUUAUUUUCUGUUUUUUUUUGUUUAAGCUAAACUAUAAACGACUGCAGCAGCCGCCUUGGUAAUUAAUCAAGCACCUAAAUCUUUAAAUCCUCUUUGUAGAAGUGCUGCAGGGGUUAUGUUCUUUAUCUGUUUUUAAUUUAUAUUUUUAAUGCAACAGUUUUGAGAGGAGGAGUUUUGCACUAUAAUAUACUAAAUUUGUAAGGGGUGUUUUAAGCUGCAGGUGUAAUUCAAGUUGGUAUUGACAAUUGAAAUGUUUGUAUAUAUUUCUGCAGAAUUAGGGCUUCCAUAAAUGCAGUAAACAACAGCUUUGUGUACCUCUACCUGUGUUUAUAUUAAUAUACGUGUGUCUGAUUAAUCUCUCUAUCCAAAUGUACAUUAGUUAAUGGAUAUAUUAUAUAACAGAGUGAUAUUAUUUAUGUGAUCAUGGGAGUCAUUAAACUAGGAUCCCAAA